GAUGACACUAAUGAUAAUGACAUUGGCAUGCUAUCGUCAAAUAUUUUCAUUUUGUUAAACAAGUAACCAUUAAGCAUAUAAUUUAUAAAAGUUGAUAAAGAAAAGGAUUGUAUUAUUAUGGUUUAAUUAUAACAAGAAUGGCGACUUGGAAUGGUUCUACAGAAACUGGAAUUUUAAGAAAAACAAAUCAAACAGAGAAUUUUGAUGAUCUUCUUGUGUUUGGAUAUGCUUGUAAACUUUUUAGGGAUGAUGAAAAAGCCCUUUUCAUUGAUCAGGGCAAGCAUUUAAUACCAUGGAUGGGUGAUGAUACGCUAAAGAUUGAUAGGUAUGAUGGUCGUGGUACCUUAUCUGACUUAAGGCAAUAUGAGGCUAGUAGAGAAGGAUAUGAUGCUACUAGAUGGUUGGGAUUAAGUGAGAAGGACAGAAAUGUUGAAGAAUUGUGUGAUAAGGAAAGAUACCAUUCCCUUAUUAUUAAUGAAGAAGAAGAACAAAUGUACAAAGAAGAGGAAUUGAAGCGACAGAAGACAAAUAUGUUCCAGUAUAGUUAUGAUGUUCCUCAAAAUCCAGAUAUUCAAGAAGAAGGUAUUCCUACAGUUCCUGAAGCAGAAGAAGAAUAUGUUCCUCCACCAAUUUUAGAUCUACCAGUGGAUAUUGAAUGGCCAAAUACAGUGAAGGAAAAUGCAAGAAUAGAGAAAACAGCAUUGUUUGUUUGCAAACAAGGACCACAAAUGGAAAUCCUUCUAAAGGCAAAACAGGCAGAUAACCCACAGUUUUCCUUUUUAAAUCAAGAUGGAAAGCUGUAUAAAUUUUAUAGACACAUUCUCUCAGCUUUUAAAAAUGGAAGAUACCAGGGAUAUGAAGCCCACACAAAAAGUAAAAACGAGAGCAUAUCAGAAAACCAGGACCAAGACUCCAACUCACAUUAUUUGCAUCCAAGUCUAGUAUCAUCUUCAACAGCUGAACCGGCGGGUACCACUGCCAAAUCGAUCCCGCAGAUACCAUACAAGCCGUCAGUGAACUGCGCUUACAGUCAACUGGUCAAUCGUAUCCAGGGUAACCAGGCGGAGAACCAAGAGACGCAGAAAAUACCGGAGUACGAGCAGAUGACUUAUGAGCAGCAACAAUACUACCAGUACUACUACGUGCAACAGUAUCUUGAGUACUACAAACAGCUGGCGCUACAUUAUCAAGGACAGGCUGGAAAUCCAGGGCAAUUCGUACCACCAGCAGAUUUCCAAAACUUGGAUCCGACUCUACAACAUUAUAUCCAACAAAUGGCGUACACACAGUACCUGCAACAGUUUCAACAAUCAAACAAUUCAUACGCACAAAUCGUAUCAAACGUAAACAAGGAAACAAAUCCCUACAUAGCAAAUGUACCUCAACUACCUCAGUUACCAGAAACGGUUAAAAAUCAAGAAGAUGAAAGAACAGUCACAAUUGUUGGUGAAAAGAAGAAAGUAGAAGUAAACAAACCUCUGCUUUCCCUCGCUGCCUAUGGAUCCGGCUCAGACAGUGAUUCUGAUGACAGCACAGAAAGCGACGAUAGAGAAGUACGAACUGUCACAAAAGUUGAAUCCACAGCAGCACCAACUGAUGAAACCAAAAUUGUCAUAGACAAGAUGGCGUUGUACGUUUCCAAAAAUGGAGAACAGUUUGAGGAUAUUGUUAAGGCUAAAAAUGACCCGAGAUUUGAGUUUUUACAAUCAAGCCAUAAGUUUUAUAAGUAUUAUAAAGAAACUCUAAAGCGGUUCAUGGACGAAAACAAUAAAAACGGACAAGAAAAACAAGAAACCAAUAAAGAGAAAGAGGUGGUGAAGAAGCCACCAAAAGAAAAAAAGGAAAGGAAAGUUAUAGCCCCUGUAAGCUUUUCUAUAAAAAAAGCCAAAGAAGAACUCCCCAAAGAGAUAAAAAGUGCUCUACCUAUCGAGGAAAGUAGUGAUGAAGAGGAACAGGCAUCAUCUGAAAAUACAGAAACACAAAAAUCCCCUACUCCUGCAGCACCCCAUUUAUUGAAAAAUAUUUUGUGGAGGAUUGGUGAUGUACAGAAACCGGUGAUUCCACCUAUACAAGUUCAAGAGAAUGCCUCCAAAAAUGAGGAACCUAAACAUGAAAAAAUUGUCUCCAAAAAUGAGGAACCUAAACAUGAAAAAAUUGUUUCCAAAAAUGAGGAACCUAAACAUGAAAAACAUGUCUCGAAAAAUGAUCAAAUAGGAAAGAAAAUUGUUAGUAUUAAUGAAGAUCCCAUUUUAGAAAUGAUGGAAUUUCUGGAUGGUGUAGAAAAGCAAGGUGCUAAAAAAGCCGAAGAUAAGGUUAAGGACAAAUUAGCAGCGGUUAGAGACAAAUUGUCUGUUGUUGCAACAAAAGAUAAAGCUCUUCAACUAGAACGAAAGAGAAAGGCUGCGGCCUUUUUAAAACUUAAGUCGGCCGAAACGAAUCACCAACCCGAAGAGAGAACUCCUGAGAGAACAGAGAAAGACAGAACAGAGAAAGAGAGGACAGAGAAAGACAUAACAGAGAAAGAGAGAACAGAGAAAGAAAAAACGCCGCUACGUAGGGAUUCUGACUGUAUAGAAGUGAUAGAGUUGGAUUCUGAAGAUUCUCCGCCCAAGAAAAAGAAGCACAAGAAGGAUAAGUACAAAGAUCGAGAUGAAAGUAGGUCGAGGUCUAGAGACAGAGAUCAUAAAAAAGAAAAGAAGAAACACAAAAACCGAGAUAAAAGGCGAAGUGAUAGUGAUGACGAGGAAGAUGAAAACAAAAAGAGGAAGAAAAAGAGGAAAAAAUCCCAUAAAAGAAAACAUUCAAAAAGUCGAUAUGAAUCUAAAUCAAAAAAGAAAUCUAAAAAACGUCAUAAGAAGUCUGAAUCAGAAAGUUCCAAUAGCUCUGAUAGCUCUUCAUGACACCGAAAUGAUUUUGUACAACGUUUGAUCAUGUUAUGCAAUAAAUCAAAUAGGUGACUUGGAGAACAACAAUUAGAAUGUUCAUUUUUAAUCUACAAAGUGUAAAAUCUGAAUGUCACACGAAAUUAAUGAAUCAAAGGUUAAAAUAAUGAUUAAAAUCCGCAUUGCUGAUUCUAAGUGAGGAUUUAAUCUCAUCAAAUUAUUGUUCAUGAAGAAGUUAUAGAAUUUUAUCAAUUUCUGAGUUUUAUCCUUUUAUCAGUAACUUUAUUAGCUGGAAAUGUCAUAACAACUAAUUCUACAUUGCACUAUAAAACAUUUUUCAGUAUUUUCUAGCAACACCCCAUCAUCAAUAGAUUUAAAACGCUAAUGCAGGUUUUCUUGAAACUCUCCUGUUAUUUUGUCGAAAACAGGGCCCUGAUUUUAAUUCAAAUUUCGACUCGAGUCGCAAUCACUAUGGGGACGUUGAAAUGCGACUGUGCGAGCCUUGUGGAUUUUAGUUGAACUAACGAAUGAUGUCACAAAAUAGCGACUUAUCGAAAUUAAUAGCGACUCCAAAAAAAUGGUUGAUAUUAUAAUUUCGAGUCGAAAUUAUUGUGACACGGACAUGAAUGGCAUGUCCGAAAGCGAGGUUAGGUUUAGUUUAGGAGAUGCGUUUUGUUUGUUUCUUGCAAGGAAAACUAAAGCAAAAGGUAUUAAUAUGGCUGGGUUUUAUGGAAAUUUGCUGGUUUUGGAGGAAUUAGAUAGAACAAUAUUAAAUUAGAAAUAUAAUAAUUGAGAAUUUCCACAACGUGAAUUAUCAACACAAUGAAAGAUGUAAGGUAAUAAUCUGGGAAAAUUAGUAUAAAACAAGGAAAAUUAUGUACCAGCUAUUUUAUUGCUGGACAUGCUGGAAUCAAAUCUUAAGAUUUCAUAUAUUAGUAAUAUAGCUAUGCAAAGUCCGCAGAAAGUGUGCUAUUUGGUUUAUAAACAAAUUAGCGCUCCGAAAUCUUUUUUUUCAAUUAUUGCUCUGUAAUUCAGAAGAUUUUAACGUUAAACCAAAAACACUCGCAUAAAAAUUCACUGUAAUUUAAUUCUGCACAUAGAUAUUUUUUUCCGAUUUCUUUCGGCGGAAAUUUUCCUCGAAAAAUUCGGGUUUUCCAAACAAAAUCUUUAAUUUUCAACUCAAAUUUUAGGGAAGUAAUUAUUUAUCAAUAAUUAAAUAACUUGGUGACAUAAAUCUUUUUUUGUUAUGAGUGUCUUGAAGAUAUAAAAAUUUGUAUGUACAAAGAGGACCGGAAUAAAACGGUAAUGGUCCAAAGCUUGAAAUCCUGUUGUUUAUAACUCUGUCGCAAAUGCCGGUCAAAUUUGACCGGUUAUACCUGGAACCACUCCUCGCAAUUCAAUUUUUUUUUCUUCGAAAGGGGCACAGAAGCCGUGCCCUUUUCAGCAGCGUUAACUUAAUUUAAUUUAAUUUAAUAUUUUCUGAGGGGUUCUAUUUGUUUAUAAGCCAAAAAAUUGUUUCUUUAUAACAUUCCUGAGACCGCUCAAAUAGUCCAAUUUCAAUUCUGUAAAGUACGUUAAAUAGGUAUAGGUAUAGUGCUUUUUUAUACGAAAAUCAUAGUUAUUCUGAUGUAUCAUAAUCUUUCUGGUUAUUAUUUCUACCGAAAUUUUUUAAUUAACAUUUUAAUUAUUGCUAAACUAUUGGUUAGAUUGUCGCCGGCCUUCUGAUUAAUAAUCUACUAUAAAAAAUCUUUCUUGUCAUCAAUUUAUUUAAUUAUUGAUAAAUAAUUACUUCCCUAAAGUUUUAAUUGAGAAUUGCAGAUUUUGUUGGGAAAACUCAGAUUUUCCGAGUAAAAUUUUUGUUGAAGGAAAUCGGAAAAAAAGUAGCUUUGCAGAACUAAAUUACGGUGAAUUUUUAUUUGAGUGUUUUUGGUUUAAAGGAAAAAUCGUAGGAGUUACAGAGCACUAAUUAAAAAAAAAGAAGAUUUGGGAGUGGUAAUUUGUUUAUAAAUAAAAUAACACACUUUCUGCUGACUUGUCAUACCCCAUAUUACUAAUAUAUGCAAUCUUAAGAUUCGAUUUUAGCAAUAAAAUAGCUGGUAAAUAACUUUUCCCAAAAAUGGCAUUUUUUCGAUAAUUUUCCCAGGCUAUCAACAAAUGUUGCGGUGGUUGCGUAGCCAAUAAAUCCAAUAAACCGGAGCACCAACCCAAAUUUUGAGCAGUAAAUUGUAACUAAUAUCGAAAUGAAUAAGAAUCGCUAUAAAUUGCGACCAUCAUGGCGGCGUCGAAAUUAAAUAUCGACCUCGAAAUGGAUUAGAAUCAGGGCCCAGAAUCAAAAAGAAAUAUUUUUGUCUCUUAUUUUAUUCUUAGUAGUUCAUCAUCAUCAUUGGCUCUACAACCCAUGGUGGGUCUUGGCCUGUUCCAGAAUCAGCUUCCAUUCCUUCCUAUCCCUCGCCUUGGUUUUCCAAUUUCGCAAUCCUAACACUCGCAAGUCGUCUUCCACCUGGUUCUUGAAUCGUGCUCUGGACCUGCCUCUUCUCCUAACUCCUAGGUCUGGAUCCCGCGUAUGUAAAAAAAGUUGAUUAAUAGCAAGCUGAAAAUUUGUUAAUAGCUUAAGGGUGUCUAGUCGGAUAAACUUUGAUAUAUGGGAACACUGGAACAGGGGCAGUUUUAAUUGUGGAACCGGUUAAAAAUUUGGAACGGUCAGACCACGAAAACUGUUCCAAAUUUUUAAUCUGUUCCACAAUUACAUCUUCCCCUGUUCCAGUGUUCCCAUAUAUCAAAGUUUGUCCGACUAGGCACCCUUAAGCUAUUAACAAAUUUUCAGCUUGCUAUUAAUCAACUUUUUUUUCAUACGAGGGAUCCAGACCUAUCCAUUCGGUCUUCGGUUUUAAAUGUCUAUCGACGGCUCCACCUCAUUUAUUCUCUCUAAAUGAGCUAGUCACCGCAACCUGUUUAUUUUGAUAGAUCUACCAGUACUAGGCUCACUAUAAAGGCGAUAAGGCUCAACAUUAUAGCUUCUACGCCAUAAUAUGUUUUCCUGCUAUUCUUAGUAUAUUACUAAGUUAAAUCUUCUUGUUGAUGUGCCUAUCCGUGACGAAUGUUGGCGAUCAUCAUGGCAAUCUUCACUUUAUCUGCAGCAACGCGGAAAAGCUGCACAGAUGUUGUGUUGAACCAGGUUCUGAGGUUCUUUAACCAGGAUGUUCUUCUUCUUGGACCUCGCUUUCCAAAUAUUUUUCCUUGCAGGAUGGCUUGUAGGAGGGCAUAUCUGGAUUCAUUUCGCAUAAUGUGUCCAAAGUAUUCCAACUUUCGAGAUUUGAUGGUGGUUAGUACUUCUCGGUUCUUCCCCAUUCUUCUAAGAACCUCCUCAUUUGUGACCUGAUCAGUCCAUGGGAUUUUAAGAAUUCUCCGAUAUAGCCACAUCUCAAAUGCUUCCAAUUUUCGGCACAUAUCCUCGUUUAAGGUCCAUGAUUCAACACCAUAAAAAAGGACAGAGAAGAUGUAGCAUCUCAGCAUUCUUACUUUUUUACCAAGAGAAAGGUUGUGGCUCUUGAAAAACGCCCCCAUACGGUUGAAGAUUGAUCUAGCUUUUCCGAUGCGCGCUCUUAUUUCUUGGUUGUUGGUCCAUUCUUCAUUUAUUAUGGUGCCGAGGUAGUUGUAGGGCCUCUCUUUCUACAGGGGUUUGGUUGAUAUAGAGUUGACCUUCUGUUAUUUUUUUCUUGCUGACGAUCAUAAGCUUUGUUUUCUUUACGUUUAUAUUGUGUCCAUAUUGUUGACUGUAAUACGUGAUUUUGUCCAUCAGGACUUGUAGGUUGUCCGCAAAUACUAUGGUGUCAUCUGCAUACCUGAUAUUAUUUAGCCGGUACCCGUUUAGUAGAAUACCUUUUUCAGUUUCGUGCAAAGCUUCGAUAAAUAUUCUUUCAGAGUAAAGAUUGAAAAUUAGGGGGGACAAAAUGCAGCCUUGCCUCACUCCACGCAUGAUUUUGACAUAUUCGGUGAGUUCACCGUCAACUCUGAGGUUUGCAGUCUGAUUCCAGUAAAAGUUUCUAAUUAUUUUCAGAUCUUGGUUGUUAAUUACUGCUUCUUUUAGUAUUUGCAUUAUCUUGGCGUGUUGUACUCGAUCAAACGCCUUCUCGUAAUCAACCAGACAUGCGUAUACGUCGCAAUUUACGUCUCUGCAUCUCUGGAAUAAGACUUGUAUUGAAAACAAAGCCUCUCUCGUACCAACAGCAUUUAUGAACCCGAAGUGGUUGGGCAAAAUUUUACUUUCACAUAGCUUGUAAAUUCUCAUAUGGAUUACCUUUAGCAACAAUUUUAGGAGAUGACUCAUCAGGCUUAUCGUACGGUAUUCUUCGCACUUUUUGGCUCCUGGUUUUUUUGGAAGUGCAAUAAACUCGAUUAUAGCCAUUCUGUUGGUAUUUGUCCAGAGUUGUAUUUAUGUUGUUGAAUAUCCUUGUGAUUAUUGCUAUUGAUUCGUUGUCCAUCAGUUUAAGUAGUUUUGCUUGUAUAUUAUCGGGACCUGCUGCUUUGCCAUCCUUAGCUGUGUUAUGGCAGAAUAAACUUCCUGCUGUAAUAUUCUUGGUCCAUCAUUUACUUCUUCUUCUAGCUCAAAGGUGUUAUCUCUUUGGUCUUCAAAUAGUUUUUCUAGAUAUUCUUUCCACGUUCUAAUUUUACUCUGUUUAUCUAAGAUGAUGUUUCCGUCAGAAUCAGUUAGAUUUCCCCUCUGUCUGCGUCUUAGUCCACCUGUGAGUUCUUUAACUUUCCUAUGUACAUUGUGACUAUCGUACUUUGAUUGUAGAAUCUCAAUUUCUUGGCAUCUCUCCAUUGCUUCUUUUUCUUUCGCUUCUCUAAUUUUCCUUCUUAUUGAUAUAUAUUGAUUGUUUUGUAUGUGUCGGGGUCAUUUGUGGCAUUUCUUCUUUCGUCCAUUAGUUUCAGGAUCUCAUCUGUCAUCCAUGAUUUCUUCUUGGUUAAUUUAUCUGCCUUUAAGUGUCUAUCCUUUACAUUUUGAACUAUUUCGGUCAUCUGUUUGAUCAUUUGUUCUUCGUUCGAUGCGUCUCUAAUUGCAGUCACUUGCUCGUUUAAAGUGGCUUGGACCCUCAUUUUCGUGUCAGGGUCUUUUAGCAUACGUAGGUCGUAUGAUUGUAAUUUCUUUUUCUGCACUAUUUUGAGUUUGGCGUGAAAUACUCCUGACGCGAAAGGUAAAUAAUUAUUAUUUAUUAUUCCGUAUAAGGUUGCACCUACAUUGGAUCCGUAUUUCUCCGAUCCGAUAUCGGCCGACGUCGAACUGCUCUGUGUAGCUUCUCCUAUCAAUCGCCCGAUAUCGGAUCGGAUCCGAGAAAUACGGAUCCAAUAUAGGUGCAGCCUUACAUAUCUUCCAUAAUAUUAAUGUACUCGGUUGGAAACCUUUUCGUAUUCAGUUCUUUCUAUAGGCUUUUUAGGGAGUAAUUAUCAUGUUUGCUCAAGAUCAAUAUACUUUUAUCUAAAUUUUAUACAGUUUUUUGCCGCCCUAAAUCUAAACAUAUAAACAAUUGAAAACUGUUUAUCGGUUAUACAAUCUUCUAUGCUAAUCUCUUUCUACUGACUUGACCCCCUGGAGAGAGUGUAGCAGUCGUGAUAUCUUAUUUGGUCAGUCUCCAUAGAUUUCUGUCCCUGGCCAUUUCUAUUACAUCAUGAAUAGAUCUUUUCUACUUUUAUUUUUAAUGUGUUUUUUUGGCAGACAUUUUCGAUCGUUUUAAUUAUUCCUAGAGGUAUCUAUCUUUAGUAAAACACAUCAUUUUACAUUUACGUUUAAUUUAUCCCUGCCAAAUGCUUUCUUAAGGUCCACAAAACAUAAAUAUGCCGGUUUGUUGUAUUCUAAUGAUUUUUCUUGAACUUGCCUCAUUAUAAAUAUAGCGUCGGUGUAUGAUCUUCCCGACUUAAAAUCUUGUUCUUCUGCUAAUGUUAUAAUUUCAUUCAGUUUGUUUGUUAUUACUUUGGAUUUUAAUGAUGUAUUCAAUAAGUUAAUUCGUCUGUAGUUCUUCGGGUUCGAUUUGCCUCAGUUUUUGAAAAGGGUAUUAGGAUGCUUGAUCUCCAUUCUUGUGGUAUUCUGUUUUGUUCUAGUAUUUUUUGGAUUAAUUUUAAUAGUUGUUUGGUCAGAUCUUAUCCUCCGUACUUUAGGAGUUCGUUUGACAUUCUGUCCUCUCUUGGUAAUCUUUUAUUUUUUAGUUUCCUUGAUGCUUUCUUUGACAUGUUAGUAUUCAUUACUUUCCUCUCUCUAAGUGUUAAUUAUGUUAUCUUUGAGUUUUUGUCAGCUUUCCUCGAUGUUAGCGUUUUCUUAUAUUUCGUUCUCAGCAAUUUUCUCUGCUAGUCUUUUUGUGUAUACGUAUUCCGUGGAUUCCGUAUUUACAUCUGCUGGGUUGAGUCAUCUUACGCUGAUUAUUUUUGAUGGAUAUAUUUAUCUCUUUCGGUUACAACAUAGUCUAUCAUAUAUCUUAACUAAUUCAAACACCUGAUUCUCCUAAUUUAUUAAUAUUUCCAGUAAUGAUUUUCCAACUUCCCUUGACGUAUUUUCUUUUGCAAAUUAAAAAAAUGGGUGAUAUUCAGAAUUCUUUACUUUUUAGGAACAUUUAUAUAGGUAAUUUCGCUAUAAAAUUUACUAGUUAUAUUUGUAAAAUAUUUAUUAUCAAUUUGUACAUAACAGGUUUGUAAAAAAAGGUAAAUAUAAACAUUUUUCUAGUUACAAAGCAGUGUUUUGUAUAAAAUAAAUAUUAAGUAAUGUCUACAAUCAAUUUGCACAACAAAUUUCCAAAUUAAAAACGAAGCAUGAAAAAGUAAAAUCAAACAAGGACGCCUGAAGUCGAGUAUUAUUGUCGUCAGAAUAAAUAAAAAAACUUGUAGUUUUAAUUACUGUUAAAAAUUGAAACUAAGUAUUUUUACCAAAUUUGACUACUCAGUAUGUUGUGGUAUGGACAUGAAACUAGACAUGAAAAAGGAUGUGGCAAUGUAAUAAAUGAAAGACUACAAUCAGAGUUAUUAGACUUUAAACCAGUUAAUUAAAUAAUCUGUAUUUUAAGAUUAGAGGGUGAAUGGUCCAAUUUAACCAUAUUCUCAGUGUCUGUUCCAAUGGAAGAAGCAUCGGAAGAUGAUAAAAGUGAAUUCUACGAAUCUCUAAAUCAACUAUACACACAAGCUCUUAGCCUUCUUCUAUGUGGGUAGCUUCCAUGACAAUUUGCCGAUAUUUUUCUCGAUCUUGCGGCAUGUAAAAUUUUUCUGCUGAUAAUCCAUUCCAUUGACGAAGGUUUUGGAGCAACGGAUAUUUCUUCUAGUCCAAGUAAUGAAGUUUAAAAUAGGAAAAACCUCUCAAUUUUUACAGAAUGGAUCGAUUUCCUUGAAAAUUUGAGAAUAAGUAGUGGAUAGUCCAAGGAUCAAAAUCUAUGUCAUGCCAAAAGGCGCUUUUGCCUUGGGGGUGGUUGCCACCCAUCUCGAGGGUGCAAUUUUUUUUUUAUAUUCUAAUCACAAAAGUUGGUAAAAACGUUUAUUCUAAGCAAAAAACGUUCCAUAUUUUUUUUGAUAAAAUUGAUAGUUUUCGAUUUAUGCGCUAUCGAAAAUAUUAGUUUUAUAUCGAAAAAUCAAUGUUUUUAAUAAGUUUUCUGCUAAUAACUCCAAAUGUUUUCGUUUUAUCAAAACAACUUUACUUGGCAAAAAUGUACCUUUUGAAAAAAUAAACAAAACCGUUUUUUUUUAAAUUUUCUUAUGGAAUGCUAAUGGCUUGACACAACACAAACAUGAGUUGUAUGCAUUUAUAGUUAAUCACCAAUUAGACAUAAUACUGAUUUCAGAAACACACUUCACGAAAAAAAGUUUCAUAAAAUUUCACAACUAUAAAAUAUAUCACACAACACAUCCAGAUGGAACUGCACAUGGUGGGACAGCAAUCAUUAUAAGAAACAACAUCAAACAUUACCAGACAACUCACUAUCAAAAAGCACAUAUUCAGGCCACAAAUAUAGUUGUAGAAGACUGGACAGGACCUAUAACUUUUUCAGCUAUAUAUUGUCCACCAAAACAUUCCAUUAAACAACCAGAAUUUAAAACCUUUUUUGAUACACUUGGACCUAGGUUUAUUUGUGGUGGAGACUACAAUUCAAAACAUCUAAUGUGGGGAUCUAGACUUAUUAAUACCAAAGGCCGUGAACUACAAAAAGAAAUACUAAUAGAUAAUCUGAACAUAGUAACCAGAAGGGAGCCAACAUACUGGCCUACAGACCCUGCGAAAAUUCCAGAUCUCCUCGAUUUUGCUAUAGUGAGAGGAAUAAAUGAAAAAUACUUUAAACCAAAGUCUUGUUACGAUUUAUCCUCUGACCAUUCACCUGUUAUCAUAACUGUAAGCAAAAACAUAACAAAAAUAGAAAGGAGCUGUAUAUUACACAACAACAAAACAAAUUGGAGUUAUUUUAGAUAUCAAGUAAAUAAUCAAAUCAAUUUAGACAUCCCACUAAAGACCGAUAAACAAAUCGAACAAGCAGUGGAACAUUUUAACACAGUUUUACAGGAAGCAGCAUGGAACUCAACACCAUUACCUACAAAUCGACAUAUGAACAAACACUGUUCCAAUACAAUACAUGAAAAAAUAAUUGAGAAAAGAAGACUCAGAAAACAAUGGCAAUUAUCAAGAUCACCUCAAAGUAAAACAAACCUCAAUAAAGCACAAAAAGACCUAAAAAAAUUGAUAAUAGCAGAAAAAAUGCAAGCUUUCAGGAAUACCUACAAAAACUAGAUGCAACUCAAGCUACUGACUACUCGUUAUGGAAGGCUACAAGGACUCUACGAAGGCAGAACUAUACAGUCCCACCACUAAGAACACAAACAGGACAAUGGGCGAGAAGUCCUCUAGAAAAGGCCGAAACAUCUGCUACCUUAAAAAAAGUCUACACCAAAUGAGGGAAAUUACUCACUACAAACUGAAGAAGAAAUGAUUUCGAUACUCACAAAACCUUAUCAACUAGAACUUCCUGAAAAAAGAUUCACAAAAAAUGAGGUAAAAAAUAUUAUACAACACAACAUCGAUCCAAAAAAGGCUCCAGGAUACGACCUGAUUACAGGAAAAACUCUUCAGCAAGUCCCAGAGAAAGGCUUCCAAUUUCUGACACAGUUAUUUAACUCUAUAAUGAGACUAGGUCAUUUCCCAUCACAGUAGAAACUAGCACAAAUAACAAUGAUACUAAAGCCAGGAAAAGAACCAGAAAAUGUACAGUCCUACCGUCCUAUUAGUCUUCUUCCAGUGGUAUCCAAAGUUUUUGAAAAGCUGACACUUACUAAGCUAAUGCCUAUACUAGAAAACAAAAAAACUAAUACCACCACACCAAUUUGGGUUUAUAAAACAACAUUCAACAAUACAAAAGGUACAUAGAAUUGUAGAGAGAAUCAACGAGGACUUUGAAAAUAAUAGGUACUGCUCGGCGGUAUUUCUGGACGUAAGUCAGGCAUUUGAUAAAGUCUGGCAUAAAGGCCUAUUAUGUAAACUAAAACAGAAUUUACCUACAAAUUACUAUAUACUCUUAAAGUCAUAUAUCACCAACAGAAACUUCCAGGUAAAGUAUGAGAAUGAAUACACAAACAUACAACAAAUUCUCGCUGGGGUGCCCCAAGGAAGUGUACUAGGACCUAUAUUAUACCUUAUAUUCAUUGCUGACUUACCGACAGAUACACAUAUCACUACAGCCACAUUUGCGGAUGAUACGGCAAUACUA